CACACACUUCAGUAGUAAAUAUUGGCUGGAUCAAAAGGAAACUCUCCCAGUUGUUUACUUUAAAUUACAUUUGGUAAAUUUCACUCUUAUUUACACCAAUUUGUUGAGGAGAAACAUAAACCCUAGAACAGUAGCAGUAGUUAACAUAGUUGUCCUUUUUUUCAUAAAAGCAGAGAAAAAAAUUCGCUUUGCUGUAUGUUUAACAGCAAAGUGAUGCAAAUAAAAAAUGUAUUUCAAUUUGAAAUUUAUUAAAAAUAAGACAGUUGAGCUAAACAAAUCACAGAAAGAGGUAAAUUUGAGUUUUAAAUAACAAUAACAACAAUGCAUAUUUGACUCCAAGUUAAGCAAUGAGGUUAACUUCAGAUUUAUUUGUUGAUUUAGGGGCAAGGUUUUCAGUUUUGUUAGAAAUCUAUAAAACAAAAUCACUCUAAAUUUAAACUUUUGAUAAAUAGAGAUCACAGAUGACUAGUUCAGACAAUUUCACACAAAGCUAAGCCAAAGGUUAUCAUACCCCUGACUGAUUUAGAUAUAAAGUUAUUUUCACUUGACUAGGUAGUUAAAAAAGGGAAGGGUAUCUCUCUAAAGAUAAUAAAACUAUAUAAAAAAAGAGUAGCCAUUUUUUUGGGAUACGGAAUCUGGUUUAUUUUAAAUUUUCUUAAAAAAUGGCAUGAAAAUUAUUUAUACUCUUCUCAAAAAUACUGACAAUGCAAAUAUCAAACCCUUCUCAGUUUCACAAAUAUUUAACUCCCUCCACAAAGUCUCUAUUAGACUCAAGUUGGGACUUUGGCUGGGACGCUCCAAAACAUUAUUACUUGUGGUCAGAUUAAACAAGUUGGUGAAUUAAAAUGAAAUACUUUAAAUCUAAAUCUGCCAUGAAUAAUUUCCUUUGAAAUCCACAUAAAACUUUAAGAUGGAAAAAGCUGAAUAUUUUUCAUUUGCCUUUCUCCAUCCCAUUUAGUCUACCAUUAUUAUAUUAUCAUAAUGCCUGCAUUUCCUUGUCAGCUUGACCUUUGACAUUACCUCCAUGGAAGCAUUACUCACCCACUCUCCACAAACACCCUCCUCUGGUUUCUCCCUCCUUCUUCCCUCUUGCUGAGUUUAUAAGUCAGACACUGCAACAGUUGCCUCACAGAACAGAGCUUUACACAAACGAAGGUGGUUGGAUGAGAAAGGAGAGCAGCUGGAGUGAAUCUGGUCAACUGAUAUUUUCAAAUUAAUAAAAAGAUUGAAUAUAACAGAAAUUAGAGCCCUAUCAUGCAUGUGUUUAGGAUCUGGGGUGCACUGUGUGUGCUUGGCGCUGCCGGUUCAUCUUUGCGUGUGAAUGAGAUCGAGUACGACGAUGGCUUUGCAGACGGCUAUGGCAACAAGAUCUCUCAGGACCAGCAACAGGAGCUGUCUCCAAACACACAAAACCAUGCAGAUUUCUCCCACUGGGACAAGCUUUUCAUUGCUCUGGAGGAUUCCCACAUGAGGCAAAACAUGCUGCUGGAGUCAACGGAGCAGUGCUGUCUAGAAAUGGUCUCUCUGAGGAGCCAGCUGAAUAAGCUCGUCAGGGGGGCGUCACAGCAGAGUGCACCCAGCCUGGUGUCAGCAUGCAGGGCACAGACAGAACAGGAGGCUCUCAGGCUGCACCACAGCUUGUCAGAACUCCAGCGGGACGGAGCAGAAAUGGAGAGGAGAAUAAACGCCACCUUGCAGAUGAUCCUGCACAGCAGACACGAGGAAAAUGCUCGACUGACUCGUCUUGAGCAGGCAGUGUCAGAAAACAGCAGAAGCAGACACCAACCCACUCAGAGACCUGGAGCUUUGGGCAGAACAUUUAGCUCAGGAUUAAAUGCAUUCCCGUCCGAGCUUGAGGAACAGGAAGUGUCUUCACAGCUGGACCUGGAUAUGAUAAAAGGCUCUCUAGUUGCUAUAGCAAGAGACGUGCAGAGGGUUUACCUGCAGCUGAGCACAGUGAUAGAGCAGACAGGAAUACUUAGGAAGGGCAGAGGAGACACAUGAACUGCAUGUAAAAACGAUAUGCACUCUCUUUUUAUAUGUUUAAGGGGUUGUUUUAUUAUAUAUGAGCUUGUAUUUUUCUGCUGUGAACAACCCCAAUGCACCAUUAAAAACCAUGUGGGUUUGCUACAAUGAAUAAAAAUUAAACAACUAAAUCAAC